UGAUUCUGCGCGAAACGGCAGGCUACGAGGGAGCACCGCCAGAAGAGCCGGGCUCCGCAGACCGCGCACACACCGCACAGGGGGUUGCUCGCACUCCACGCUCGCCUCCACGCUACCGCCGUACGAGUACGAGACUCGCCGCCUCUCUAUCUACUACUACCCUUACCCGUCGGGGGCACCACGUCGGUCCGUUGCGCGACGCUCGCUAUUAUGUAAGGGGACGUCGUUUGGUUCGCGUCGUCGACACUGGGGUUAGAGGCAGGCCGAACAACGGUAAAGGACACGCACUGGACACGCGAAGGGGAGAGAACCACGCGCUGGAAGGGCGACAUGCGAAGAGACGCGUCGCGCCGGCCGCGUUACGACCACACACAUCCGUGCCACCACGAAUAUCGUAGGGACGACGAGCGACGAUCGCAGAAAUAAGACGCAAUUCGAGGAUAGAGGAUCGGAGGAGAGGCAUCGAUGGAACUGAAAAUUCUGUUGUUCGUUCAUGUUGUGGGAAUUUGCUCCGGUUUGCGAGAAGUCCGCAUCCAGAUACCGACGGCCGUGAAGAAAGGUGACUCUGCGAUACUGAACUGCUGGUAUGACACCGAGGGUGAUCUUUUAUACACCGUCAAGUGGUACAAAGGGGGUCGAGAGUUUUAUCGCUAUGCCCCGAACGAGAUCCCGAUCUUCAAGACUUUCCCCAUCGGGAACUUGACGGUGAAGAAAAGCGAAAGCAACGCGACCCAAGUCGCCCUGACCAACCUGGAGUUGGACGCUGCGGGGGUGUACAGUUGCGAAGUCUCCGCGGAUGCUCCUUCCUUCCAGACGGCCUGUGUCCAAGACACCAUGAACAUCGUAGAAUUACCCUCUCAAGGGCCGUCGAUACUCGGGUUAAGGAGGAAAUACCGGAUCGGCGAUACGCUACGUUUGAACUGCACAUCCGGACGGAGUAAACCCGCGGCCAAUCUCACCUGGUACAUCAACGACCGACAACCGCUGAAGCCGCAUGUCCGCACGUACAGUCCUUUGGACACGAACGAGUCCGAGUGGCAGGGCCUUCAAUUUCUCGUUACGCACGAGCAUUUCGCCGGGGGCAAGUUGAAAAUACGUUGCAGCGCCUCGAUAUACGAUAUUUACUGGCAGAGCACAGAGGUCAGCUUCGAGGAAGACAGGGCACCGCCGAAGGUGAUACAAUACCAGCCAGCUGCGACCAUUGUGGGUAUCGACUAUCUGCAACCACCACCCAACUUCCAGACCGGUCAGAAGAAACCUGAUGGCCAUGUUGGAGUGAAAGUUCUCGGCUCGUCCAGAUCGGAUGCAAGACUUCCUUUGGCGCGGCUGGUCCUGGGACUGUCCCUUUUGAUCGCCAUUCGUUAACCAUACCGCAUUCAACUACGCGCGCUUUGGAGCUGUUUAUAUAAAUCGACGUGCUUGUAAAGAAAAGUCCAGGCCGCUUUGUGUCACGUGAUGAUCGUCCUCCGGCCAUAGAGAAAGGGCCACGUGAUCGCGCGCCCUUUUCUGGAUUAGGAGGAAGGGAAGAGGAGACGCGUGGCUGGAGAUCAAACAAAAAAAAAAAAAGAACGAAAGAAAGAAAGAAAUGAGGGGGAUGAAAAGAAUUGCACGAGGCUUGUUUUCAGCCUUGGACGAGAUCUAGACUAAUGAAGGGAAAGGAGCAGCGAGGAAUCAGACAAUGGACAGGGGAUAUUCGAGCGGGGUGAAUCGCGAGGAACCGGAAAUUACCACUUUAAACUGCCAUUUUGCGAUGAACUGUUUAUUUAUUCAAAUGAUGAUAACGAUGAUGAUGAACGAAAGAGUGAAUUCGGUGGUCCAUCAAGUGCGAGAUCAGUGAAAACGAGACGAAACGACGAAAGUAUCCGAUUGGAAUAUUUUAUUAUUAGAUUUUACUUUCUUCUUUUUGAUGAGAUCAUGUGUUUGCAACGUUUAGCUUAGUAAUAUUGUGUUAAAAAAAGAAAAUAACAUGUUUUCUUUUUCAUAUUUUUUUAAAAUUUAUGAAGAAAGAAUUAAACUGUAAUUAUGGAUAUACAUGUCCAUGUAUCAUCUCUAUCGUUCUCACUGCCAUUCUCUCUCACUACUAUUUUUUAUUUUUUAUCUUUUCACUCCAUACGUCAAUUCUAAUUAGAAAAAGAGACAGUUCGAUAUGAUAUCGCGCGAUUCGCCUAAAACGAAGAAAGAAAGAAAUAAAAGAGAAAUAAUAAAUCGGAGAAACAGUGAGCGAGAAGAUGUACCUGAUGAAUCGGAUAUUCGACGAGUCACUUUGCGUUGCCACUGUUAUCCAGUCUAAUAUUCUUAUAAAAGCGUGAUUUAACGAACGAGAGAACCGUAUAUAAGUACGCAGUUGCGCUUCAAACGUUCUUUCCCGCGCAAAAAAAUGUUCGUCGUUGAAACGCUCUCUAGCGGGAGAAAUAGGCGAGAACGAAGAGAACGAAAGGGGAGAAUAAAAAGAAGAAAAACGAGAAAUAUCGGCGAAAGAAGGAUUUAUAUGUAUUUAUGAUUGAGAGACAAAAAAAAAAGAUGAUCGUUUGUUAUCCAUCCCCUCUUCAUCAAUUGCAUUUCGUAUGUAAUCCAUGUGUAAUUUCAUUUCGAAGCUUAUUAUUACGUAUUGGGUUUAUUAAAUUAAUGCCAUUUGCCGUUCAAUUUAAUGCGUUCCCCUUCUCCCCGAUACAUUUGUCAACCGCGUUUGACAUACCUACGAACAUAACGAAUAAUAAAACCGAUUACACAGUCACGUUCUGUUUACAAUGAAUAUCGAGCUUACUGUUCUCCCCCGGCCUGCUUCCGGUUGGAACGUUGUUUCCUGUUGCUCACGCUGGUGUAUCGUUCGCCUCGAAUAGGUACGCGCGCACAAAUUGUAUGUCUUGCGAAUUGUCGCUCGAAGAUUUAUUUAUUUAUUUUCUUAUUUGUCGUUUCGCAAUGACGGACGAGGCAUAGCAAUCGAGCGAAAAAAAAAAAGAAAAAAAGAAAAAGUUAAUAAUGAAUAGAAAAGAAGAGAAUACGAUAAAGUCGUAUAUAUGUAUAUGUAUAUGUAUAUUAUGUAUUAACGAGCGAUGUGUGCUAGUAUUAGUUACGAAUUAUUGAUUAAGGAUCGCAACGACUGAAUAAUACUCUACAUGAUUUUCUAAUUGUAAUAAAUAUUUUUGAAACCGUCAUCUCGUUUCUACGUAGUUAACACGAGCGAGUGUUCGAUAGGGAAACGUGUUUCAUUAUAGCCAAAGAGAAAA